UAUCACCACAGCCUUCCACUUCCUGCCCGAACGGUUCAGUUCAGGAAGAAGAAAUAAUGGCGACGCUUCUGGGGUCCGAGUCCCCCUGUACUGGAGGAAAACGAAGACAGUGCAACAGCAGUAUCGUCUCAAAGUUCACGGCUAGUAAAAUAACUGGUCAGGGUUUCAGUCGAGGGACGCAGCUCCCAGGAGGCCUGCUCCAGGAGAGAGAUAAACGGGCCAAGUGGCAUGGCAUCCCUGCUCUGCUGCAGAGGCUCUACGAGAGCAGCCAUCCAAACAGUGACCUCUCCAAUGCUCACAGCUUUCUUAAGGUAUUAUCAUCCCAGCUCUCCAUGGAGGCCAUGUCUUUUGUCACGGAGGACAGGAAGACCGCUCAGGAAUCUACCUUCCCCAACACGUACACCUUCGACCUCUUUGGUGGAGUCGAUCUGCUUGUGGAGAUCUUGAUGAGACCCACGUUAACUAUGCAGAAGAAAAAAAACAAUAUGAAUGACGACUUGGUCAAGGACUGCCUUAGUGUUCUCUACAACUGUUGUAUAUGUACGGAGGGCGUCACAAAGAGCCUGGCAGCGAGAGAUGACUUUGUGCUAUUUCUCUUCACCCUGAUGACAAACAAGAAGACCUUCCUACAGACUGCUACCCUAAUUGAAGAUAUUCUUGGAGUCAAAAAGGAGAUGAUCCAGUUAGAGGGCAUCCCCAACCUGUCAGGCCUGGUCCAAAGCUUUGACCAACAACAGCUAGCCAACUUCUGCCGCAUCCUGUCCGUCACCAUCUCAGAACCUGAUGUUGGAAACGACGACAAGCACACCCUUUUGGCCAAAAAUGCACAGCAGAAACGCAACGCCAGCCCGUCACGGGCAGAGGUCAACCAGGUAACCCUGCUGAACAUCCCUGGCUUCAUUGAGCGGCUGUGUAAGCUGGCCACUAGAAAGGUGUCUGAAGCCACCGGAGCUAACUUUCUGCAGGAGCUGGAGGACUGGUACACAUGGCUGGACAAUGCUCUGGUGCUGGACGCCCUCAUGCAGAUGGCUACUGAAGAGGCUGAACAAAGCAGUACAGAGUCAUCAGAUGAGAGCUCCCUGGCCACCAGCCCUCUGAGACAUCGACUGCCCCAGUCCAUGAAGAUCGUCCAUGAGAUCAUGUAUAAGGUGGAAGUGCUCUAUGUGCUGUGUGUCCUGCUUAUGGGCCGACAGAGGAACCAGGUCCACAAGAUGCUGGCUGAGUUCCGUCUCAUCCCCGGACUCAACAACCUGUUUGACAAGCUGAUCUGGAGGAAAUACACUGCCUCAAAUCAUGUGGUCCAUGGGCAGAAUGAGAACUGCGACUGUAGUCCAGAAAUAUCCUUUAAAAUCCAGUUCCUGCGGCUACUUCAGAGUUUCAGUGAUCACCAUGAGAACAAAUACCUCCUGCUGAAUAGCCAGGAGCUGAAUGAACUGAGUGCCAUAUCCAUGAAGGCUAACAUCCCAGAGGUGGAAGCACUAGUCAACACAGACAGAAGCCUUGUGUGUGAUGGGAAGAAGGGUCUCCUCACACGCCUCCUCACUGUCAUGAAGAGGGAGCCUCCAGACUCAUCAUUCAGAUUCUGGCAGGCAAGGGCAGUGGAAAGUUUUCUCAGAGGAGCCACUUCCUAUGCAGACCAAAUGUUCCUCCUGAAGAGGGGGCUACUAGAGCACAUCCUGUUUUGCAUCAUAGACAGUGGCUGUACAUCUCGAGAUGUCCUACAGAGCUACUUUGAUCUGUUGGGAGAGCUCAUGAAGUUCAACAUUGAUGCCUUCAAAAGAUUCAACAAAUAUGUCAACACUCCAGAGAAGUUUCAGACCUUCCUGACACAGAUCAACAGUUCUCUGGUGGACUCCAACAUGCUGGUGCGCUGCAUCGUCCUUUCGUUGGACCGCUUUGAGAGCCAGACGGAAGAUGUCAAAGUGGUGGAGGUGCUUUCUGAAUGCUGCCUGCUGUCCUACAUGGCCAGAGUUGAGAACAGGCUGUCCUUCCUCUUCCGACUGAUCAACAUCAUCAACGUACAGACACUCACACAGGAGAAUGUCAGCUGUUUAAACACCAGUUUGGUAAUCUUGAUGCUGGCCAGAAGAAAGGCUAAACUGCCCUUCUACCUCAACGCCCUGCGGGAGAAGGAGUAUGCUGAGAAGUACCCGGGCUGCCUGCUCAACAACUUCCACAACCUUCUGCGCUUCUGGCAGCGCCACUACCUCAACAAGGACAAAGACAGCACCUGUCUGGAGAACAGCUCCUGUAUCCCCUUCAGCUACUGGAAGGAGACGGUGUCAGUGCUGCUGGGCUCAGAUAGGACUUCUAUGUGUGCCAUAGCGAGCUACAUUGACGAGCCCUUCAUGGAGCUUGACAGAGACCUGCUGGAAGAUUGACCUCCAGUGUGUGCACUCAGUGCAGGGGGGCUGGGACAGGGCAGACGGUCACAGGGAGCAUGGACACCUAAAGCUGGUGAAGACUCCGCUGAGCUGAGCCAUCUAGGCGCUUUGUGACUGCGCUCUGGAUGUAAAGACUCACCUGAUUUCCGUCUGUACCGUCGCAUCAAGGCCGUCAUCACAGAUGUGAUGGGAAGUCGUUUGCCUGGCUGUCAUCUUCUCACUAAGUUACCAACCUCUCCUUCAAAGGAAGAGGUGGAAACCUUUAUGCCCACACCGUUUAACACACAAUAAAGGGACCUUGUGUAAUGACACCUACAUUGGUUGUUUGCUUUAGGUGUAAUUCAAAUAGAGCCUUUUAUAUAACCUAUACAAAAUUCUAUGAAAAAAAUGUGUAUGAUUCAACAAAGUAUAUGUUAGGAAAAAAACCGAUUCUUUUCACGUGGACUUUGUUUGGAAAUGGCCACAGCUUAAACCGUUGUGCAGUUGUGCAGGUCUGUGGAGCGUCACAGGUCUGCCAGGAGUCACCGGCCUCACUCUCCCACUACCUGCACACACUCUGUGGACUCCAUGCCACUCCACUGCCUGACUUGUGGGGACACUGGUGGAGUUUUUUUGCAGGGGUCUUCUCAAUGAACAGCAUCGUCAUUUAACCUGUCUAUGGAUCUAUUUUAUUAGGUGGCUAUUGUUGAUCGGUGCUUUCUGGCUCCACUCGGCACAUUAAGUAGCUCGUGGGCCGGCUGACAACUUUCACAAAUCACACGGGGCUCCUCUCACCUGAAACCAUCCACUUUAUGUGGCUUCACCCAGGGACUCGUUUUUCUUUACCAGGUUAUUUUUUGUUGAUUUACUUUUGUCUCGUUGAAAACAAUGGCUUUUAGCUCUGAAUGAACUGUAGAAUAAAACAUUGCACAGAUUACCUUCUUUUUAUGCUUUAUCAUAUUUCACCACAUUUUGUUGAUUUAAAAACAUUCUCAUUUUGUAACAGAACUUGUAUCUAUGUCGUGAGAGAUGCUUUGGGAAGAUAAUAAACUAUGCAGGCGCUAGUGUUAGGAAACCACUCUCAUUGUUCCAGUCCAGACAAAGUUUAUGUGAAUCAGCCUUCUGGCCAACACCAUCAGCAUUGGAUCGAGGAUCUACCACUUUCGCUGAUCUCUCAAAAUGUUUGACUACAAGCUGAGAUGUGAUUGCUCUGUUUGCAUGGCACCACUUGAUCUUUACUUUGGAUAAAGAUGAAGCCGUAGUCGCGACUAUCUAAAUGUUUUUCACGGCCUGAAUGUGCAGCUGUUUUAUGGAAAUGGAAGAUGCAGAGCUGAGUUGGUGUCUUAAAUUAAACACACCCAACCCGAUAUAAGUACAGAUGGAUGAGCUACCUCAUAUUUUGUCCCGACACCAUACAGAUCAAACCACUUCUAAUGACAAGUGUACAGUUUUACUCCCAGCAUGUCAUGACUCAUAAAUGUUCAUGUGAAUGUAUAAGGGCAUUUCUACAGUUAUCCCCCGAUGCCAUGAGUUGCUAGUGCUAUGCCGCCUUGGGAUGCAAACAUAAAACGUCCUUUACACUUUGAAAGGCCUUUUAUUUGCUUUAAAGCUAGUUAACCAGAAAUGUUUCCCUUUUUUCUUUUUUUUUCUAGCUUUCAUUCAGCAUGUCUUAAAUCUCUUGAUGGGUGUGCACAUGCUUUGAAUUAGUUCAUCUUUUGUGCUUUGCAGUGAAGUUGAUAAAAGUACACUUUACAAGUGCUUCUCUCUUACAAAUUCUCAGUUUGUUUGCUGGAUGCCUGAAAUAAUUGCCAUGGUUUCUUGAUAACAUGAUGUGAUUUGACACAGGGUACUACUGCAGUGGUGUUAUAUUCUUAGUGCUGAUCAUAUGUUAUCAUUGAUGCAAACCUCUUAUCACUCCAGUCACCCACCAUGAAAGUCAAUGACGCUAUUGGUUGAAAAAUCGUGAAUGUUGUGAGCGCUCUUCUGGAGCAACUAUAUAAACAAUCUCUGAACCCUGACUUCUGUAGCUUUGUGAUCUAAAUUUCAGAGUGAGUGAUCCCUCUGUAUGAUGCACAAGAGAAAUGGUUCUCAACACUUAUGCUGUAUGUGGUGUGAUGCUCCCAGUAGGCCUUAGAUUUCAUUCAUUCAUUUGUACAGAAAAUGGUGACCUGUUGUCCCCUUGGCCAAAAACAUGCUGCACAGUGUUAAACAUAACACUAUUUGGUUUUUAUUUUAGAUCACUGAAGCUUUGACUUUAUUGACUGGAGAUUCAUGUAAUGUUUGGCAUGAAGACAAUGUUCAUAGACACAUUUAGCAUCCGGUCCUCAACUCGCACUCAAAACUCAGACCAUGUGGUGCUUUUUUGAUCAGAUAUGAUUGUUUUUACCUCACCAUGAUCAAUAGCAUCUGCUGUUGAAAGGAACGCCCUUUAAGAGAUGCAAACAGUGGAUACAAUAAUGGUGUAAAUUCUUAAUCAUUAAUUCAUUUUAGAUAAAUACCCACGCUUUUUAUGUGUUUGCUUUGAAUAAUGCAUAAAAUCCCACACUGUUGUGUUAAAAAUUCACCUCUGCACACAUCUGUUUUAAUCUUUUUCUUGACCAUCAGACCAACAAAUGAUUCAUGUUUUAGGCUUCACAUCCUACUAUAGCUACCAUCUUUCACCCACGUUUCUCCUCUAAUGCUGGUAUUGAACUUUAUUUUUCCUUAUUUAACAGCUGUUUGUCAAAUAAAUAAUAUAAUAAAUUCUU